GGCAAAAAAUGGACGAAGACAACGCAAACGAGAUAUUCAAAGCGUUCAACAAACAAAAUAUCGAGUACGAUCUAUCGGGUACCGCCACCGUUUGUUAUAAAUCAAAAACCUAUUCAGCGAAGAUCCUUCUCCAUGGCAACGUGUUGUGCGUCGAAGAGUCCGGUGGAGCUGUCACUUCUGCCUGUGUUCCACUUAUAUUCCUGCUAGAGCGAGUUGUUUUGAAGAAACUCGAGGAGAAUUCAGAUACCGCAAAAUUCACAUUUCUUCUCACAUUCACGGAUCCGGCAGAGAAUUUGGAAAUAUCUGUGGAAAGUGAAGAAUUACGAGAGCAGUGGAUGAUAAAGCUCGCCACGUGCUCACACCAAAUGGCCCGCGCCGAGCUCGACGAGCUUGCCUACAAAUUCUACACAAUGUCACCGUCGGCAAGCAGUGGCGGCGAUUCGGACGGAGUAAUCGACCCGAAAACCUCUGCUUUUCAGAAUUUCUACCUCUCGGCGCCACUCAGAAUUGCUCAUAAUUUUGCAAUCUCCCAACAGAAUAACUUACCUGCACGGCGGGUUAUUGUAGAGGAAUGCAUGUGGGAAACCAAGUUAUCAAUCAUUUUACCCAAGGAAAUUAUCAAAUUGAAUAGGAAAAAGAUUUCAGAAUUUUCCGGAUUAUUGGAAAGUCGGCUGAAAACGUGGCCUCAAUCUUCGAUACCAGGACUACAUGAAGUAAUACGACAGCUACGUGGAAUGUCAGAGACCUAUGAGCAAUGUUUUGAAUUUGUUGACGCGUAUUCUGGUCCAAAUUUCCGGAAAUCAGUAGAAAAGACGCGGGUAGCGUUUGGUCUCGUGCCCACCAAUCUACAUAUUCAUUCCUACGAGAUUAAUUCCAGUGAUAAACGGGAUUUUAUCACUGCUGGCUCAGCUUCUGCAAUUCCUUAUCGUUAUCAUAACGGCGGAAUUCUGAAACUCUAUUCGCAACUCGACGUUCCAUCCUACAAUUUUGACUAUACAUUCUGGAAGAAACGACAAGCACUGCUUGAUCUCAAAAAAACGAUAGGAGAACUAAGUCAUAAAAUUGAAAAAGAGUGGAAAAUCGCGAAAUUCGGAAGUCCCGACAAGAUAUGUCUACAGGUUCACGCAGGAAUUAAGCAAGUGUACGAAGGCCUGAAAGAUGUGCUCAUAAGUCUUCCAGACGUUGAACGGUGCUCUGAGCUUCUGCUGGAAGAGGAGAAGCGGAGGGAAGAGUCUGGAGCCAAGAUGCCCGAGACACGAGUCUACGACAACAUUCAAAAUCAAAUCGACCGUCUUGACGCGAUGAGCGUGAGCCUCAACACAAAGAUCGCCGUAAUCGACACGUUAAACGAGGCUCCACACGAACGAGAAGCCUGUGAGAAGAACACGCGGCAGGCCAUAUCCACGUGUCUUGAUAUUCUCCUGGCUCUGGCGGAUACUAUACUGGAAUCUCAACUCUUCUCACUAGUGAAAUCUCUUCAAAAACCCGCCACCGCCCACGCCUACUUCCACAUUCUGAUUCGAACGGAUUUUGUGUUAUCUCAGGCGAUUACCAUUGCAACGACAGCGAUCUUAAAUCGAAUUCAGAAGCGCGAGAAGCCAUUUACUCAGGAUUUCCUUCUUGUAGUUUUCUCCUUCCUCUCAGCCUAUGGAGAUGAGCGGGGAAUGAUCGAGGACGCGGUGGAAGCCUGGAAAAGCCUAGAGCAACGGGUACGAUUCCGUCUUGUCCGGGCUCCAUCUGCAGUUUGUCGGACGUGCAUUCCAAUGAUUCAAGGGACACGAAGCAGUUUGAAAGUCGCGAUUCCAUUGCCUCAUGACUAUUUCGAUGAGCUUCCAGAUCAUAUCAAAUGGACAUCUGAAUUCACAGUCACUACGUCGUACUUCAAUUUGGGAGUCAAUCACGAGGCGACAUUCGGUCAAUCGUUUGGUGGAGUGUCGUUUGAGAGUAUAGUCAACCAAGAUGCAGCGGACAAGCUCAACGUAUUCGCCAAUCGCAACGAAGCGAGCCCCCGAGCACGUGAAGCUGUGAUGGAGGUGGUGAAUGAAGUGUCGAGUGAGCCGUCUCGGAAGAAUCUCACCAUGUUCGAUUGGGCUAUGACGGCGUGUGAGCAACUUGGCGGCGAGGCGGUGAUCUCUUGCAAGAGCGGGAAGGAUCGGACAGGAAUGGCGUCGACAUUGGAGCAAGGGCGGGUGCUGAGAGAGACUUGUGGAUUCAAUACGGCUCAGGUGUCCGAAGUGGUUUCAUCAUUGCGAAAAGAAGGUGUUCGACGUGAGAAUUGUCGGAAAAACGUCGGAAAACCUGUCUACUCGUUCAGUCCGUUCCAAAUGCAUUUCCUGCCGAAAGCCCUGCGCCCACCGUCUGGAACCUACUCGCAGGGUGUCGCCAGUUAAUUAAUCAGCCCGCAUAAUUUCAUAUUUUAUUCAAUUAUAUCGAAAUUUCGUGCCAAAAAUUUGGGAAAAAUCGGUCAGAAACCUGGAAAAAAACGUCGAAAAAAAAAAGUUUUUAUCGGUUUUUUCUAUUUUUUUGUUGAAAAUUCCUGUACAUAGAAGUCAUUCUGAGCGUCUUUUUGCCAGUUUUCUCCCGAAUUUUCCCAAAUUUUUCUGGCUAAUUUAUCAUGUUUUCCGCUUUCAUUUCAACAUUUUUAGAUGACCAAACAUUAUUCAUUCCUACGAUAUCUUUCCCGUGUAUAAAAGAAAGUGGUCCCCCCAUUCCCCCCGAUGUGAUGAUUUCCGUUUUUUUUCAUGUUGAAUUAUAAUUUAUUUUUAUUAUAUCACUAUUAGCAAACAUAAUAUACUACUAUUUAGUAUUAUAAAAAUCGAAAC